UCGAGACUGCAUUUUCCGAGCAGUCAGACAAAGACGAUGGGGUCGUCACAGUCUACGCAGAUACUCAAUGAAGAAGCAGAGAGCGAAGGUGAAGAAGAAGAAGAGGAAGAUGUUAAUGGCGUAUUGAACAACAGAAGAACCGAGCUGGAUAAUCUCCUGGUCAAGAAGGUUCUCGAGCAAGAGCCUGAGAUGCUUCCUUGUCACGCCUCUGCUUCUCCACUCUCUCCUCAGCUCUCUUCUCUUGGAACGCCUCGAAUCGGACCUUCCAUCAAAGUCUGGGACCCUUACAACGUCCUCGCCCCACCUCUCUUCUCUCACGAUCGCUCCGCCGUAACCCAAGUCUAUUUCAUCAGCCACGGAGAGUGUGAUCUCAAUCUCAGGCCUGAUCUUAUUGGAGGUAGGUGCCACGUCGCCACUCUCACCCCUAACGGAAAACGUCAGGCGAGAGCUCUCGCCGUCUUCUUAAACUCCGAAGGUGUUCGAUUCACCUCCGUCUUCUCCUCUCCCCUGGAUCGAGCUAGAUCCAUGGCUGUUUCCGUUUGCCAGGAAAUGAAUUUUCCGGAGGAGCAUGUACAGUCUUCAGAUGCCAUUGCCGAGAUGAGUUUUGGAGACUGGGAAGGAAUCCAUAGAUCAGAGAUCUACACACCUGAAACUCUAAGCUUAAUAGAAAGAUGUCAACCUGAUUUCUCAGCUCCAUCCGGUGAAUCACUCAGACAAGUAGAGUUUCGAAUGGUUCGUUUUCUGAAUGGGUUAGUGUCAGGACUUUCAGAGAAGCUCAGGUCUGAACAUCUUUCAUCUACAACACAUCACAACCAUUCCCGAGGUUUCUCUUUAGCCACCUCUAUUCAUCGUCCAAGCCUUACAAGGAAGAAAUCUGGUAAGAGCAGGUUUCAGGUGAUGAAUACAACCGGUGAUCACGAGUCAAAUGAAGAGAUUUUUAAUCAUCACAAUGAUGAACAACACCUAGGCCAUAUAAACAUCAAGAGUCCCUCUUCUCAACACUCACCCUGCAUUGGAGUUUUCUCACACUCUUUACCUAUAAAGUGUCUUUUAACUGGUAUACUCGGAUGCAGCCCGGUAAUGACACAUAAGAUCUGUGUGGAGGAUUCCUCUGUGACCGUGUUACAACAUUCGUGGAAAACCGGUUGGCAGGUAAAGCGGUUAAAUGACACCGCUCAUCUUAGACUUUUGUAGCAUCAUCAUCAUCAAAAUUCUUUUACUCUCUAAAAGCUCGAACAAACAGCGAGCUGGUAAAUUAUUCGAAGACCUUCACAAGCUAUUUGAGUCUGCAGAAGAAGAUCAUCAACAAGCUUGCAGAUUACAAGCUACCACCUCGAGCCUCUUGUAUGUUUGUUUUGAAAAAGCAAAGCUAAAGAUUCAUUAAUUUUGAUGUUUGGCUUACUUGUUCUGUCUGAUUCUUUCUAUUUGCAAGCUUAAAGGAAUCUUAUGUAAUUCUUAUACUUACAAUCACAUUAAAAAAAAAAAGAAUCUUAAAGUUCUGGAUCAUCAGUA